CUCUGUCUAUCCCCCUCCCCUUCUCCCUCUCUCAAUCUGCCCAUCUCCAUCCUCCUGUCCCCCCACCCCCGGGUCUCCGCAGCGCCCGGGUCCGGGGCCGGGCCCGGGGCCGGUGCGGCGGGACCACACCCCACAGCCGGCCGCCGCCGCAGCCUCUCUCGGGCGGACGGGGGCGGGCGGGCGGACGGACGGACGCUCUGACACGGACCGAGCCGCAGCGGCCGCCCGCAGGCAGAGGGGGAGCGGGGCGAGGCCGAUCCGAUCGGCGCGGCCGGCCGAGAGGAGCGGAGGACGAGGGCGGCCGAUCCAUGGGGAACGGCGCUACCGAGCCCAGCGCCGGCUGAGAGCGGCGGAGCGCAGCGGCCAUGGGCUGCAUCGGAUCCCGGACCAUCGCGGCAGAGAGCGUCCCAGUGAAGUGGAAAGGGUCGAAAGAUGUUGACACUGUCCACUUGGAGAGCACCAACACCCUCCAGUCCUCGAGUGAGCACACCCGGACCGAGGUGUCCUGGGACGGUAUAAACCUGUCGAUCGAAGACACGACCUCCAUCCUCCCAUCCCUCAAGCAGAACUCAAACGCCUACGGGAUCGGAGCUCUGGCCAAAUCCUCGCUCUCAGUUCGCCUGCAGACGGGCCUCUCGAAGUCGGUGAAGGACCGCAUCACGAAGCCGACCGCCAUGGGCUCGGGGCGCGUGGCACACAUGAUCGAGUGGCAGGGCUGGAGCAAGCAGCCGGCCGCCGGCAACAGUCUCCAUGCCGAGCCGCCGAUCGACGCGGACACCUACUCCGACCUCAGUGACGGGGAGAAGGAGGCGCGGUUCGCAGCAGGGGUGAUGAAGCAGUUUGCCAUCUCUGAGGCCACAUUGAUGGCCUGGUCCUCGAUGGACGGAGAGGAGAUCAGUAAUAUCUCCAGUCCCUGCGACGGCGGCCGGUCGGAAGGGAACCUGGACAAUGGCGAUCCUCAAGAUCGCCCUCUGCAUCUCUGCACAGACCCCUGGCCUCACCUGGUCACCCAAGGCCUCUACUGCCUCGGUUCCUCGGGUGUCUGGGAGCCCAGCGGCAGCCAUCCCUCCCUCCUGCCCUCCCCCUCGGCCCUGGCCGAGGCCCUGCCCCGCUCCUGGCCCCCGCAGCCGGACCUCAGCGCCUGCGUCUCCCCGGAGGGCGGCCAGAGCCCGGCCGAGGGCCUCCCGGACCGCGCCGGAGGGCCGGCGGCCCCCGAGGGAGAGACGGACGGGGGCCAGGGGGAGGAGGGGGGCGAGGGCGAGGUGCGGUGGAGGGAGGAGUGAGGGAAGCCAGGGAGGGGAAGGGCAGGAGAGUUUGGGGAGGGUGGAGGGUAACGAGGGCGGUUGAGGUUUGAGACCGGGGUAGGAGGAAGGGGUUGGGAUUGAGGGAGGCAGGGCGGAGGACUUCCCCCUCGUCGCCGGCCCCGGAGGUCGCCCGCCCCAGGAACGCCGCCACAGUUCGAGGGCUCCCCCACCCCACCGGCCGCCCAGGACAGCGGGGGGCGGCCGCCGUCGCCCGCCAAGAGUCUUCCGCCGUCCCGAACUGGCAGACGCCAGGACGGACUUGCCCGCAUGGUUCACCUGCCCAGUUGUUGCAUGGAUUCUCGUCGUCGUCCCAACCCCCCCUCCCCCCCCCCCCCGCCAGCCGGACGCGAGACUCGGGGGAUUUUUCUCUCCCCCCGCCCCCACCCCAUCUGGACUUCCAGACGCGGCCCGGGUGUUGUCCUUUCUUUUUUACGCACACUUCAACCGCAUGCAACCCCCGACCCACCCCAGACUCUCCCGGGGGCCUGUGCAUGGGAGGAUCCCAUGGGGAGCUGCCCCCCCCCUCCCCUCCCCUCCCCAGUGGUGGGGAGGAAGAGGGUUAGGGGUCAACUGUGUCCAGCAGGCUACAGGCGGUGUGCACCCACACACACACACACACACACACACACACACACACACACACACACACACACACCACUCAGAGGUACCAAAACACAAAGAAAAAGACCCCAUCGAGUCUGCUCGGCCAUUCAAUCGUGGCUCGUCCUGUUCUUUUUUUUUAAAAAAAUAUUCCCCUCCUCAGUCCCCGGUCCCCGUCACCUCUGAUGCCGCGUCCAGUCGGGAACCUGCCGAUCUCUUGCCUGGAAUGCAUCCAGCGGCCCGGCCUCCACGGCUGCCCCUGGCAACAAAUUCCCCCAACUCACCACCCCCUGGCGGAAGAGAGUUCUCCGCGUCUCUGUUUUAAAUGGACGCCCCCUGUGCCCUCGUGUCCUAGACUCCCCCACCACGGGAAACAACCUCUCCACAUCUGCUCUGUCUGGGCCUUUCAACAUUUGAAAGGUUUCAAUGAGAUCCCCACCUCAUCCUUCUGAAUUCCAGUGAGUACAGACCCAGAGCCAUCAAACGUUCCUCAUACGAUAACCCUUUCAUUCCCGGAAUCAUCCUUGUGAACCUCCUCUGGACCCUCUCCAAUGCCAGCACGUCUUAUCUAAGACGAGGGGCCCAAAACUGUUCACAACAGUCAAGGUGAGGCCUCACCAGUGCCUUAUAAGACCUCAACAUCACAUCCCUGCUCUGGUAUUCUAGAUCUCUUGAAAUGAAUGCUAACAUUGAAUUUGCCUUCCUCGCCACCAACUCGACCGGCAAGUUAACCUUCAGGGUGUUCUGGAUAAGGGCUCCCCAGUCCCUCUGCAUCUCCGAUUCCUGGAUUUUCUCCCCGUUUAGAAAAUAGUCCACACAUUUAUUUCUACUUCCAAAGUGCACGACCGUGCAUUUUCCAACACUGUAUUUCAUUUGCCACUUUCUUGCCCGUUCUCCCAAUCUGUCUAAGACUUUCUGUAUCCUACCCGUUUCCUCAACACGACCUGCCCCUCCACCAAUCCUCAUAUCAUCUGCAAACUUGACAAUAACCAUCUAUUCUAUCAUCUAAAUCAUUGAUACACAUUAUAAAAAGAAGUGGUCCCAACACCGACCCCUGUGGAACACCACCAGUCACUGGCAGCCAACCAGAAAAGGAUCCUUUUAUUCCCACUCGCUCCCUCCUACCAAUCAGCCAAUGCUCUAACUACGUACGUAACUUUCCUGUAAUACCAUGGGCUCUGAACUUGGUAAGCAGCCUCAUGUAUGGCACCUUAUCAAAGGCCUUCUGAAAGUCCAAAUAUACAACAUCCACUGCACCUCCUCUAUCUCUCCUACUUGUAAUCUCCUCAAAGAAUUUCAACAGGUUCGUCAGGCAGGAUUUUCCCUGAAGGAAACCAUGCUGACUUUGUCCUAUCUUGUCCUGUGUCACCAAGUAGUCCAUCACCUCUUCCUUAACAAUCGACUCGAACGUCUUCCCAGCCACUGAGGUCAGGCUAACUGGUCUAUAAUUUCCCUUCUGCUGCCUUCCUCCUUUCUUAAAGAGUGGAGGGGCAUUUGCAAUCUUCCAGUCCUCCGCUCACACAGACACAGACACACUCUCACAUGAUCUCACACACACACACACAGACGCUGACUGGACGCUGUCGAACAGCGAAGACGGGCAGGACGACUGGGAUGGACAGGGGUCUGCUGAUGUUGAGCAGGUCACGAAAAAAUCCGCCCAUGCCCGAGCGUCCGAAUAUUCUGAAAACUUUUCCCCCUCUGGGAGAGCCCCUGCAUGUCACCGGUGUGUACGUUCUACGUUAGUGUGUGUGUGUGUGUGUGUGUGCGCCUGUCUCUCUCUCUCUCUAUCUUCCGAUAUCUAUCUCCUCUUUGUCCCUCUCCCACUAUCCCUCUCUCGCUCCCAAUCUCGAUCUCCCUGUCUCCCCCUCUCUCGAUCUACCUAUCUCUCUCUCGUCUCACCAGCAUGUCGAAACGGGCGCACACUCCCGUCGCCCUCUCCCAAAAAACCUCCCCCCCCCGCACCACCACCGCCCCCGUGUCCCAGGAAUGCCGAAUUGUCUUGCAAAGAAAAAAAAUAACACCCACGGAGAGAGGCGAUCGGAUGAAAACAAAGGAAAAGACAAAAAAAAAGUUAUUUUUUCAAAGAUGCGUUUUCCAAAUUUCGCCGGAAACACCGCGCGUGUCCGUUGGGGAAUAAAGAAU